AUGAAUGCGUACCAAUUUGUUGUAGGUGCCGCGGAGAAAUCACUUCGUCAUGGUGCAGUGGACAAGGCUCAGGCAGCAAUGGAAGCUAUCAAAGCGCUGAUAAAGCGACGUCUCGCGGAGCGCCCUGAUUUGUUCGAGUUUGUGGCAGCUGUUUUUCAAACAGAUGUUCACUCCAAACAACAUCUUGCAGCCUUGGAAUUCGUUGAGAAAAGUAUCUUAGUCGGUGCCAGCCAACGUUCGGCCAAGAUUGCAAUCACAGUCAAAUCCGCUCAGGGUCUUAUCGGCAAAGACAAAACUGGACGAAGUGAUCCGUAUGUGACGGUUCAGGUUGGAAAAGUUCGCCGGAGAACCAAAACAGUACUACAGGAACUGAAUCCAGUAUGGGACGAGAAAUUUUUCUUCGAGUGUCACAACGCAUCGGAACGUAUCAAAGUUCGUGUCUGGGAUGAAGACAAUGAUUUGAAAUCGAAAAUCCGUCAAAAGUUUACGCGGGAAUCGGACGACUUUCUCGGUCAGACAAUCAUUGACGUGCGAACGCUGAGCGGAGAAAUGGACGUCUGGUACAACCUUGAAAAACGAACAGACAAGUCCGCUGUUUCUGGGGCGAUUCGGCUGCAACUCUCCGUGGAAAUUAAGGGUGAAGAGCAAAUGGCUUCUUACCAUGUCCAAUACACUGCACUACAUGAAAACAUAUUUUGUUACCUGUGUGAGAAAUAUGCUCCAGUUUACCUACCAGAGCGCGAGACAACUCAAACAAAUGCGUCGUGUUUGUCCGUCGUCUGUGAAGCGUUGUACUGUGAAUUCGUCAAGCGAAUUGUGCCUAUUGUAGCAACAUGUGAAUUCGUCAAGCGAAUUGUGCCUGUUGUAGCAACAUGUAUCUUUCGUGGUCAACUCAUUUUUCGAAUUGAAUCACUAAUCCGUAAACUGAUAGAUCGCCACUUUGCCUGUCUAACCACAAAAUACAACUGUCCAUCUGUGCCUGCCGUACUUUCCGUAUUGCUGGCCAACAUCAAUGCGUUCUACGCUCACACCACGUCUUCCAAUAGCCAAACGGCAAGCGAACGUUUCAGCGCAAGCAAUUUUGGUCGUGAAAAAUUUAUCAAACUGCUGGACAGCUUGUACAUUGCCAUUCGAAUAGAACUGUCCAAAUAUCGCACGGUGUUUCCAUCAUCCAAGCCUGAACGAUUGCUAGAUUUGAAAUCAACCGUGGAUUUACUGACCAGUAUCACCUUCUUCCGGCUCAAGGUUCAAGAGCUGACCUCUCCUCCUCGAACCGGUCAAAUCCUCCGUGAAUGCAUCGCGGCCUGCAUUCAUGCCACCUAUCAGUGUUUAUGUGAAAAUGUGCAUGAACUGUAUGGUAAAAGCCUUCAGGGUUCCAACUCCACCGAGCAGACUGCGACCGAUGUUGCUGACGGGGUAAACGGUGGUAUCGGCACAGACAGUGACGCGCCAGAGGAUACAACUCGCUCAUUGACCUAUUGGCAUCGAUUAAUUACAUUGAUUGUAUCAGUUCUGGAAGAUGAUCGGAAACACUACGCACCAGUGCUCAAUCAAUUCCCGCAUGAGAUUAAUCUUGGAGACAUGUCCGCCGAAAUGAUGUGGGACUAUCUCUCAGCAGACUUAUCCGCCGACUUGAUACAACAUUCCAUCACAGCAAGGACCUUGAUGGAGUCGGGCGAACUGGUCAAUACACCUCCACCACAAACUCAGUCUCGUCUCGGUCGGUUUAGGAAGGCUGAGACCAAAUCGAGUCCAGGAAAAAAACAUCGAAUCAAGUCAUCGGAUUACAUGAAUCUGUGUUUCCGAGUCAAGUGGUUCUACAAUUCUUACGUUGCCAACUUACCUCACUGUAAAACCAAGAUACCAGAAUAUCCAAAGUGGUUUGAAAGCUUGGUGAUGUUGUGGCUAACGGAGAACGACGAUGUGUCGGCCAACUACUUGCGCAACGCAUACGAACGUGACAAACAGGAUGGAUUUCAAUGUUCCAGCGAACAUGUUCUCUAUUCCAACUCGGUCGUGGACGUGUUCACCCAACUGAAUCAGUGCUUUGAUGUGAUUCGCAAACUGGAAUGUCCAGACACUGAAGUGGAGGGACACUUUUUGCACCGGUUUUCUUUGACGGUUGAAAAAGUCCUACUGGCCUACACAGAUCGCGUCCUGGUGGACUUUCCCAGCUACAAAUCGGACCAACGGGUGGCUUGUAUUUUGGUUAAUAACACGCAGCAACUCAGGGUUCAACUCGAGAAAGUCUACGAAAAUAUGGCCCGAGAGAGCCUGGAAAAGCGGACCAAUGACCGACUGACUGCACUUCAAGGUCGUUUAAACGAGGCCGUGGACAAGCUGGUCAGUCAGCUGACGGACGAGUUUGAACCGGGAGUACGGACGCACGUGCGCGAAUGUGGAAAGCUUUUGCAGAAAUGCAAACCAAGUUACGGACAUGUCUCGGGUGGUCGUAUGAGCAAGGAAGAUGAAGCAAACGAGUGUUUGAGGCCACUCAUGGACCAUUUCGAAUCGAUACUGUCCGUGCUGGCCACCACGUGUGACAAGACAGUGCUCAAACGAGUCUUAAAGCAACUUUGGCGAGUAACCAUGUGCAACUUGGAAAAAUUGGUCGUACUACCGGCAAUGGCGGACCCAAAGCAGCAACUCGCAAUGGGAACCCUGUUGGGAGCAAACACUUCGGCCAAGUUGCUUGGCAGUGCGCAAAACCUACUUAGCCACGUGAGUGGGCAAACUGUGACCGGGAAGAUCUUACAGGAGGUUUCGAAAGAACCAGAACGUGGCCUGACUCCAUACCAGUGCGAGCUGCUCGAUCUGUGCUUGGACACGAUUCGAACUUACUUCCAUGCCGGUGGAAGGGGUUUGAAACGAUCGUUCCUGGAUCGAAACCCCGAGUUGCAUAGUCUGCGCCAGGUGCUGGCUCUCUACUCACAAGCCACGGAUGAGCUCCUUCGGGAUUUUGUGGCCAUGCAAACUUCACAAGAAACGUUUGCCAACGAAGAUCCUGUCGGAUUCUUGACAAUUCAAGUGGAAAUAUUCAAGCAUCCCGGGACUGGAGAGUACAAAGUCAAUGUAAAAAUCCACACAGCCUCUGAUUUGAACUGGUCCAUGGCUUCCGGAGUCUUUCGGCCAUUUGUCGAGGUCUACAUCUUUGGUCCUCUGCUGGCAGACAGGAAGCGCAAAGCCUCCACAAAAUCCAAGUCCGUCACCACGAUGCCAACCUACAACGAAACUUUUGUAUUCUAUCUAUCAAACCAAGGAGAUCCUGAAUGGUACGAGCUUCACCUGGCGGUAAAGGACUAUUGCUUCGGUCGAACGGACAGACUUGUGGGAGUAACCGUCCUAUCUUUGUCUCGUGCACUCAACCUUGGUGCUACCCCACUGAGGCUCCCCCUUGGCCGAAGACUUCACUAUACAGAGACCGGAUGGACUGUUCUACGGGUGCUGUCUCAACGCGUGCAAACCGACGAAGUGGCUCGCGAAUUUGUGCGAGCCAAAUCGGAAUGUCGACCGUCUCCAGAGCUCGAAGCAGGAAGUACGGCGUCGACUCAACAAGAAUAAAUACCUACAGAGAAGGUGUUCCGACCUGUGCCUUUAUUACAAUUAUCAGGAGUUCUCAAGAGCUUGGAUUACACACAGUACAUUUAUCUUGAACAAAUUUAUGGGGAAUUUCCACAUGAGGAACCAUCCACAUACUGCCAUCACCACUGAUAAUGAUCGCGUGUACCAAUGCCAUGACGCAAAAAAGAAAGCGGAUAGACACAACAAAAAGAACUAACUUCCUUCGAUGCCUGUUAUGUACAAAAAAGAAAGACUUAAGUUCAUGUACAUAUUAAUUGACUCCCUCACUGACUGCUAGCCUUUUGUACACGUGAGGGACCUGCAUCUUUCUUUCCAAGAGACGCUUUAUUCCUCCAAAAUUCCACUGAUGGUUUGGGACUCCCUCGUUACUUUACUAUCGAUCAGAGUAUUACUACUAUUAUUAUUAUUACUAUUGUUAUUAUUACUCUUGUUAUCACCCAAACGUGAUGCCGACCACAACCUCCAGAGCCAGUCAGAACUUGUUGACCAAUUGGAUCAAUG